GGCAAGAUGGCGGCGGCGGCAGCAACUGCUGCUGCAGCAGGGAGCCCGGCGGCGGGGUCGGUCACCAGCCCUCCGCUCCCUUCUUCCGCGCCACCCGAGGGCGACGACGAGGAGGGCGAGGAGACGGAGUCGGCAGCGGCGGCGGGGCCCAGCAGCGGCGGCGAGGACGGCGGCAGCAGCAGCAACAGCAGCGCGGGCUUCCGUCUGACGGCGGUGCGGCGGGACCCGUCGGUGCGGCUGCAGCACGGCGUGAGCGGCCUGGAGCCGUUGGCCUGGUCGGAGGACCACCGCGUGUCGGUGAGCACGGCCCGCAGCAUCGCCGUCCUCGAGCAGCUCAGCGACAUCAACGGCGCCGCCCCCGAGCUCGUCAUCCACCGCACGGCCGUGCCCGCCCCCGCCGCCUCCUGCCACCUCAAGGUUGGUUCCAAAAAAGAAGUUGCUGAGUGCAAGGAAAAGUUUGCCAGUUCUAAAGAUCCCACCCUAAGUCAGACUUUCAUGCUAGACAGGGUGUUCAACCCCGAAGGGAAGUCGCUGCCCUCUCUGCGAGGUUUCAGAUACUCCAGCUGGUCUCCACUGGGCUGCGAUGCAAACGGCAGGUGCCUGUUGGCGGCUUUAACGAUGGACAACAGACUGACCAUCCAUGCGAACCUGAACAGACUGCAGUGGGUACUGCUGGUUGACUUGACUGAGCUUUACGGGGAGCGCCUGCAUGGGAAUGGCUACAAGCUUUGUAAGGGGGAAGCCCCCAAGGGAGAUUUGGGGGACUUCUCUGAAUUCCAGAGGAGGCACAGCAUGCAGACCCCGGUGCGCAUGGAGUGGUCUGGGAUCUGCACCACCCAACAGGUGAAGCAUAACAACGAAUGUCGGGACGUGAGCAGCGUACUGCUGGCGGUAAUAUUCGAGAACGGAAAUAUCGCCAUCUGGCAGUUCCAGCUUCCUUUCGUGGGCAAGGAGUCCAUCACGUCUUGCAGCACCAUAGAGUCGGGAAUAAAUUCCCCCAGCGUCUUGUCGUGGUGGGAAUACGAGCACAAUAACCGAAAGAUGAGCGGGAUCAUUGUGGGGAGUGCCUUUGGGCCAGUGAAAAUCCUCCCGGUCAACCUGAAAGCAGUCAAAGGCUAUUUCACGCUGAGACAGCCUGUGGUUUUGUGGCAAGAGAUGGACCAGUUGCCAGUCCACAGUAUCAAGAGCAUCCCUCUUUAUCACCCUUAUCAGAAAUGCAGUUGCAGUUUAGUGGUGGCUGCGAGAGGCUGCUACGUUUUCUGGUGUCUUCUCUUGAUAUCCAAAGCGGGCUUGAAUGUCCAUAACUCUCACGUGACCGGGCUUCACUCCUUGCCAAUUGUCUCCAUGGCUGCAGACAGACAGAACGGUACUGUUUAUACGUGCUCCGUCGAUGGGAAAGUAAGGCAGCUGAUUCCCAUCUUCACAGACGUUGCAUUGAAAUUUGAACACCAGCUGAUAAAGUUGUCCGAAGUUUUGGGCUCCGUGCGGACUCACGGGAUUGCGGUGAGCCCGUGUGGGGCAUACCUGGCGGUCAUUACCACCGAAGGCAUGACCAACGGCCUUCACCCCAUUACCAAAAGCUACCAGGUUCAGUUUGUGACUCUUAAGACAUUUGAGGAGGUGGCGGCUCAGCUGCUGGAAUCUUCUGUCCAAAAUCUUUUCAGGCAGGUUGACUUGACGGAUCUGGUCCGAUGGAAGAUCUUGAAGGACAAGCACAUCCCACAGUUCCUACAAGAAGCCUUGGACAAAAAGAUCGAAAGCUUUGGGUCUACUUAUUUUUGGCGCUUCAAGUUGUUCCUCUUGAGAAUCUUGUAUCAGUCGCUGCAAAAGACGCCUUCUGAGGCCUUGUGGAAACCUUCGCACGAGGACCCCAAGGUUUUACUUGUGCAUUCCCCUGGGACUGGGAGCGUGGAAGACGAGGGGACUUCAAAGCGGGGGGGCAAGCGGAACCCAAGUGAAACAAGCAAAGGAGAGGAUGGGGACGACCUGGCGGAUGAUUCGCUUGCCCACUCGAGUGACUUCGGAGGGCGAGAGCCAAUUGAAGAAAAGCUUCUUGAAAUCCAAGCCCAGAUCGAAGCUGUUGAAAUGCAUUUGACACGGGAACAUAUGAAGCAGGUGCUGGGGGAAGUCUACCUACACACGUGGAUUACAGAGAACACCAGCAUUCCCACGAGGGGGGUCUGUGACUUCUUAAUGUCCGACGAAAGCUACGAUGACAGGACUGCGCGGGUGCUGAUUGGGCAUAUUUUAAAGAAAAUGAACAAACAGACUUUCCCAGAGCACUGCAGCUUGUGCAAAGAGAUCCUGCCAUUCACCGAUCGUAAGCAGGCAGUGUGCUCCAACGGACACGUUUGGCUCAGGUGCUUUCUAACCUACCAGUCCUGUCAGAGUCUGGUGUACAGAAGAUGUCUGCUUCGGGACAGCAUCGCCCGGCAUCCAACCCCAGAGGAUCCAGAGUGGAUCAAGAGGCUAUUGCAGGGCCCCUGUACGCUCUGUGACUCUCCCGUUUUCUAGAGAACGGCUCGUGGUGAAGAGCUGCAGGUUACUUUCUUGAGGGCCCAGGCACCACCCAGUCUGGGAGCAGCUGCUGGAAGGUACAGGUGUGGAAGGACUCAAGGGGGACACGUCAAAUGGAACUGGAUGAGCUGGAGCAGCAAAGGGGCCCCGUGCCCCAUUUCAAGCCCGAGAGGUGAGAAGGCCUCCUCGGUCAAAGCACACCAGCACAGACCCUCUGGAAACCAUUCCGAUUUCCCGGCCCGGUUCGACGCAGGCCCUCCGCUCAUGUCCUUUCGGCACACGGAGCCUGGAAUUUGAGAACCUCCCUUCAGAUCGGCAGCAGGCUGGAAGCCCGCACUGCAAACGGCCGCUUGGAGAUCGGCUGCAAAGCUUCCUGUGCGAGUGAGCUUUGAAAGGGCACCAGCGCUCGCUGUGCCAGAGACGAUUAAAUUAUUAGAAAUAAUGUGUGGUUUUUAAAAAUGUUUGAAAACGUCUUGCAUGCCAGUGGUACUCAUGGAAGAAGAGUUGGUUAGUUUUGCUACAGCGGAGGUUGUCAAGUAAGUCUUGGGGCUGCUGGGGAUUCCUUAGAAGGGACUCUUCAGGGAGGUGAGAUCUGUGCCAAAUACUGGAUGCAAAGUUUUAAGUUAUGUUAACAAUAAGGUAUGUCAUGCAGUUGGGCACCCCAGGCUAAAAUUUGGAGCCUCUGAUAUUUUUCACUCACAGUGGGUUUUCUUUCUCCUUCAGACUGGACCUAUCAUAUGAUCAUCUCAAAGUCGAUGUGGGUGCCUUGUGCCCUUUCCAACCUUUUUGGCAAGAGUCGUGUCUGCAUUAUGCUAGGAGUCCCCCGUCUUCCAAUUACAGUCCCAUUUGUAGAGGGAAGCAUUCUUUGUAGCGGUUGAGAUGGGGGGGGGGGUAAACUUGUUAAAAAUGAAAUUGAGUUAACCAAAUUCUGUGGCAGUCCACUCCGUCUCAUUCAAACGAAAACAUCUCGCCUGGGAAUAAACCUUUAUAAAUCCACUUUGGUCUUUC